AUGAAGUCAAGCGAGCUAUGGCAGCAUCCAUUUGUCGAUGUAUUCAAGUUUACUAAUAUCAGCGAAUGGAAAAAUACUCAAAAAGAAGGAGAUGUCACUGAAGUGCUAGAUAGAAUCACAGGAAAAAGAGUUUUCAGACUUUUUGGAUCAAUCUCAGCCGCCAACAAUAUUCAAAUCCCAAAACAAAGAUCUCAUCUGAAAACUUUAGGACUUACUGGCCGUUAUAUCUAUGCUCAACUGCAAGUGCCGCCUAAUAAGUUCUUUUCAAUGCACUUUGAGCUUGUUUUAAGCAAUUCGAAAACUAAAGCUGAAGAGCCAUUUAGGAUUUCGAUUAGCAACAUUUACAAAGAAAGCAAGCUAACUUCAUCAGGUUUGCAGCUCACCUGCUUUCCUAAUGAAAAAUGAUUUGUGGCUUGCAUAGACGCGAAAGCAAUUUUUGAUCAAUAUUUAGGCCCGUGGAUUAUUAGUCAUGCUUUAAAAGCAAUAAACUUGUGCUCAAAUAUGUUUGUAAGAGGAAUUUACACUUCAGAAAUUUUAUAUAAUCACAAUACCUUGCCAAGAGAAAUGAUGCUAAAGCUUUCACGAGAAGAAAGGUGGGAAAAUGUCUAUGACUGAAUUUCUUUCCCAGAUAUUGAAGAAAGAGAAGGAUUCAAGAAGAAUAAAAAAGAAGACAACAAAGUUAAUAGAAAAGAGAAAAAACAAGUCAGCAAAGGUAAAAAGGAACCUAGAAAUGAUGAAGAAAAUAAACAGUCAAAUGGAUUUUCUGACUCCCCCCCCUUUAAAUUGGAACAAAAUAUCGGUAAAAUUUUCACUUUUUUGGUAAAUUAACCCUUUAAACUGGAACAAAAUUUAAUUUUAUAAUAAAAAAUUAUAUAUAAUUUUAUCUAAAAAGUUUUGAUAUAAAGUUAAAUGUUUCUUCUUAACUAAAUUAAAAAUUUAUUUAUAUCUUGCUCGUUUUUAAAGAAAAAAGUAUAAAGAGCAUCUUAUUUAAAUAAAUUUAUUAUCCUUAAUUGGUAAAUUUUAAAAAAAAAUUCAUUUUUUUUUUAAAAAUUUUUGCUUUUUUUGAUAAAAAUGAUAUUUUUUAUUUGGAUAGUUUUGAUAUAAAUUCAAUAGGAAUUCAUUAUAAAAUUUCAAAAUUUACUUAUUUCUUGCUUUGUUUUAAAGAAUAGAGUAUAAAUAACAUCUUAUUUAAACAUUGAUCGAUAAUUUUCCAAAAUUUUUUUUUUUUUUUUUAAUUUUUUUUAUCAAUAAAAAUAAAAAUUUUUGUGUAAAUAAUUUUUGAUACCAAUUAAUAGUGGCGUAUUAACUAAUAAUGAAAAUUAGUUAUAUCUUGCUUUGCUUUAAAGAAUAAAGAGUAAAUAGCGUUUUAUUAAACAAAUUUAUUAAUCUAAUUCGAUAAGUUUUUGAAAUUUUUUGUUUUUAAAUUUUAUAUUUUUUUAUAAAAAAUUUUAUAUUGAUAUUUUUUUUUUUAAAAAAAAAAUUAACCCCCUUUUAAAUUGGAACAAAAAUUUUAGUUCCAAUUUAAAGGGGGGGGGAGUGAGGGAAUUCGUGAAAAUGCUUCUGAGAGCUCAAAAAGGAUAUCAACUGAAGAAGAGAAGCGAGAGUCUUUUACUAGAGAAAGCAUUAAAAGUGAUUCGUUUAAUCAAAAGAGGAUAAAAGAAGUAAGGAUUGUAGAAGCUCCAGUAGUCAAAGAUAUAGAAAAUCCUCUAUUGCCUGAUCCAAUAAUGGGGUUAACUCAUAUUAUUGGUUAUUCAGGCGGAAAGCCUGGAAAUGUUAAAUGGACACGCCCUCAAAGUGACUUUAGUGCUUAUCCACCAGAGUUUACCCAAGGAUCUUCCAAAUAUUUAAUCUACCCUUCAGGAUGCGCUCUUGUCCUCAUAAACCCAGUUACCCAAAAGCAACAGUUUUUAUUUGCACACACAUCCCCAGUUGUAUGCUUAGCUUUAAGUUCUGAUGGCACUUUGAUUGCUUCAGGCCAAGACAGCCCGAACCCGUUAAUUCUGAUCUGGCAAAUAAAAACCCGAAGACCUCCAUCUUAUAUUUCCCUUGCAAAGCUAAACAAUGUCAAAGCUAUUGAUAUCAGCACAGAUUCCCACUACCUGGUAACAGCAGGUACUGACAGUUUAAUUAAAGAUGAAAUUUUAAUAUGGGAUAUUACUAACCCCGGAAAAGCUGAGCUACUUAUAAAACAAACCUCAAAUUACCAUAUAAAUACUAUAAAAUUUUCACCUAUAGACACUUCAAAGCUAAUGUCAUGCGGAAAAGAAAAUAUUAGAUCAUGGCGAAUCAAUGGAGAUCGGCUAUCAGGAGGAGCUGUUGUUCUUAACCAUCACGCUAAAUCAACUGAAUUUCUGGACCUGAGCUUUGAAAUUUUCACAUCAAGUGCAAAAUCUGAAAUAAUUGAUGAGCAUUUAAAGAGGGUUUUUGUUGUCAAUAACCAAGGGCUGCUGUUCCAAAUUAACUACAGAACUUUAGAGCUUGAAGGUGUUUUACAGCUUCAUGACGCAGGAAUCCACUCAAUCGUUGUAAGUGAAGGCUUUUGUGUCACAGGCAGUAAGGAUUGCUAUAUGAGAGUCUGGCCUCUCGAUUUUUCUGAAUUUUAUUUAGAAGCCCAUCAUGAAGACACAGUUACAGCAGUCGAUAUAAGUUCUGACGGAUUACAUGUUGUCUGUGGUACUUCUAACUGCACAGUUGGAAUUCUCGGAAUGACUACCAAUGCAUAUAAAACUUUAUUAAGGUCGCAUACAUCUAAUAUAGUAGCAUUAGACGUCCAUCCAAAGUUCGGCAGUAUUUUAACUGCAAGCGAAGAUAGAACCAUUCGUGUCUGGACCCCUGAAACUUUUGAAGAGCUUUAUGAGUUUACCUCAAUAGAGGAUGCCCCUAUAACACUUUCUUUUCAUCCAGUACUUACUCCCCCCAUGAGCAAACAAAAAAAUUGGAAAAAUCCCUAUGUUUGGGCAAAAAACCCACCCUCCAUGAGCGAACAAAAAAUUUUUUUAUGAAACAAAAGAAUUGAUUAUAAGUGAUAAUUAUUAUACGAAAUCUCUAGCUAAUUCUGUUUAAUUUUAAACAGCUUGCACUUUAAAACAUAAAUUUGCAAAUUAAAUUAAUAUUUGCUUUCGAAAAAAAAUUAACCCCCUCCGUGAGCAAACAAAAUUUUUUUGUUCGCUCAUGGAGGGGGAGACUUAAUAACUUUGCUUGUGGCUUUGAGAGCGGAACAAUAAGGAUAUUUGAAGUAGAAAACACAGCUGUUAAAAGCGAGUUUUUAAACCAUGAAGGAAAAAUUGUUAAAGUCACUCAUUCUAAAGAUGGAAAAUACAUGCUAAGUGCCAGUGAUGAUGGGAUUGUCUGUUUUUACGAGGCUGGCAGAGGAUACCAAGCCCUAAAAACGAUCCCAGUUGAGAAUAAAGGGGAAUUUAUUGAUAUUUGCUUUGCCCCAAACUCAGAACAGUUUGCAGUUCUGGGAAGUAAUAAGACAAAUGUAGCUUUUUGGGACUGCGCAAGCAUGAAAAAGAAGUAUAUGAUAAAUUCUGCUGCGAGCGUGAGUCAGAUUAUGUAUUCGCCAAAUGGAAAGCAAUUCUUAUUGAUUUGUUAUAAAUCAAAUUAUAAGGUCAAAUAUUAUAACUUGAAAGAAAAUGAAGCUGUUCCUGUGAGAGAGUUAGAAAAUAUUCAUCCUAACUCAGAAAUUUCCAAAAUGAUGGUCUCAGAAAAUACAAAGUAUUUAGUCACUGGAGGAAGUGACAAGUUUUUAAGAGUGUGGGACUAUAGAAUGAAGCCUAAAGAAACAGUUGGGCAAGCAUUUAUUGGCCAUUCUAAUAAAAUUACGAGCUUAAUGUGGUCUAAUGACAGAAAAUUAGUAAUUUCUUCUGCAUUAGGAAAUGAUGGGAUAUUUAUUUGGGAGUUCAGAGGGGAUAUAGAAGAUGCUGUUUAUGAAGAAAAUAUUGAAGAAAACGAAAUUUUAGCUGAGCAAAUGCCUGAAGAAGCUGAAAUUAAUGAAGAUUUUAUAGAAAAUGAAGAGGCUUAUGAAGAAAAUCCUAUAGAGCCUCAAAUAAGUGAGUCCCCAAAGCACGAAACCCCUUCUUUGAGCUGUGAAGCCUAUAAGCUAAAGCUUGACAGAGUAAUUGGGUACAACGCAACAACUAGCAACAACUUAAUUUGGGCUUCAGAACAGGGGUGGUUUGCUUAUCCUUCAGGCCAGAAAAUAAUCCAAACCUUAUUACGAGAAAAUGGCAUCCAAAAAAUUUUCUUUUCGUCAGGCCCAGAACUCACCACACUAGCAAUUUCUCCUGACUCCUCUUUAAUUGUAGCUGGAUCAUCCUCCCCUAUAAACUCUCCAAUUUUGGUUUGGGAUUCUUCAACUCAGAAGCUCUUAAAGUCCUUGACUUUUCAUGAAAAAGGGGUUUCUCAUCUCUCCUUUUCUAGUGAUGGGAAAUAUUUAUUAUCUCUAGGUGUCCAAGAAGAGCCUAUAGUUGUGAUCUGGGAAAUUUCUUCAGGGAGAGUCAUUUCUACAGCUUUGCUAGAAAGCCCAGCAUGCAUGGCUAAGUGAAAGCUCAAUUCUUAUGAGUUUGUGACAGCAGGACAAGAAGUGACUCAAUGGUGUCUGACUUCGCAGUUUGAUUUGCAGUUCAGGAAGCUAAGCUCGAUGAUAUACGAUUAUACAUCAUUGGAUAUAUAUGGAGACUUAGUUUCAGUCGGAACUGGAGACGGAAAAUUAAUUGUGUGGGAUCUGAUUACUUGCAAUCAGAUUUCCACUCACUUUUUGUUAGGAAAUGAAGUAAGCUCGAUAGCAGUAGGUAGUGAAAGGACAACUAUAGGUGGAAAUUCUAACCAUUUGAUGAGCUGGAGACAGAGCUCAAAUUCAUUUGUAGGACAAGCCGAAGUGAUUGUUAUGGAUGGGUAUAUAAAGUCACUUAGUUUUGAGCCAGCAGGCCAUGAAGGAAUUGCUGCAACCACCUCAGGAACUAUUUGGUAUAUCAAUUGAAAAGAAAAAGAAUCAGCCCGAAUUGUAAGCAGCCACCUAUAUGAUAGCCAGCUGCAAGCGGUUGUUGCUGAUUCCAUGAUAAUUUCUACAGCUUCUGACAAUACAAUCAGACUAUGGGAUACUGAAACAUUUUCCCAAAUAACUCAAUAUGAUAUCAAGCUGCCUUGCACGUCGUUAGCUUUUAGCCCAAAUAAUGAGAUCUUUGUUGCUGGCUUUUCUGAUGGUUCUUUGCAAUUUUUCAGCACAAACUUGCUAAAAAGCGUUGGGAAAAGCCAGCCUUUCAAAUCCAGAGUUUCAGCUAUUUGCUGGAAAAAUGAAUCGAGGCUAUUCGUAGCAUCUGAAACUGGGGUAGUUUUAAUGUUGAGUUCAGAGAAUUGGAAUCGAUUAACAUUAAACAGUGAAGAGGUAGGGAUGGCUGGAGGAAAACCCUUAUCACUCGACUGGAAUGAAGGAUUUUUGGCAGCUGCGGCUGAUAGUGGGAAAAUUAGCGUAUGGGACUAUGAAAAAAUUGUUGAUAUUUAUAAUGUUUUUGAAAAUCCUCAUGGGCUGGAUAUUGAUAAUACUGAAGAGUCAUUGAAUUCGACAUAUAAAAUUUACAAGCAGCUUAAUCAAAUACAUAGUUCAGCUGUCUUUUUAGAUGAGGAAAAUGUGGCUUGUAUAGCAUCUACACUUCAAUAUAUCCUUAUAAGAAAUUUCCUAAUUCAUCAAACCACAAGGAGAAUUGUACUUAGCCAUUUCCCUAUUUCAUUAGAUGUUAAUCAAUCAAUGGGCUGUAUGAUUAUUGGAUGCUCCGAUAAUAAAGUGCUUCUUUAUAGCCAAAAUACUGACUCUUCUACCUCCGUGAGCGAAUAAAACCAUUGGAAAACUCCCUAUUUUUUGCCCAAAAAACAACUGAGCAAACAAAAAAAUUUUUAAUAUUUUUAUGAAAAAAAAUUUUAUAUAAAUUUUUUAAAUUAAAUAAACAUUUGCUGUCCAAAUUUGCGAACUGGGAUUUUUUUAAGUUUCCAAAAAAAAUUUUACUAUUAAAUUUAUAUAUAAUUAAUUUUUUAAAGAACUUAAACCCUUUAUGAGCGAGCAAAAUUAUUUUGUUCGCUCAUGGAGGGGAAAAUUGAGGAAACUCAAGAAAUAUCAGGAAAUAGCGGUCAAGUUAUCAAAGUCGGGUUUAUGCCAAAUGGAGCUUUUUCAGCAGCAAAUAGCGAAGUCUUAAUAUAUAAAUUCUAA